ACGUAUUUACGGCACUAUACAUUCAAUGUAGCACACUGCUGAAGAAGUUGGAUUAAUACUAGUUGUAUGAGCUGCCUGAUGGAGACAGCUGAUUGUGAAAAUGUUUAGUGAGAGAAGCUCUGCAUCAGUGCUCUAGGUGUUGGUGUGAAUGAUGUGUCUAUUCCCGAGUGUUAUGUGUGAAUUUGCACUGAAAAAUCACUCACCAGACAUUUAGCCUGUGUUGGCAUCUGCUGAUAGAUACAUUCCUUGAACCUCAAACCCACUGACUGAAUGGCUGUCCCACAGUGCCCCUCUCUCUCUCUCCAUCCUCCUCUCUCUGUGUCUCCCUGUCCCUUUCACCCAGAGAGAGACUUUGGGUGGAUAGUGAGUACCAUUGUGUCAGUGAGAUGUUUAUUAAUGAGAGAGGCGCACACAGAGAGCAGAGCUGCUAUUGACGGACUAAUCGCUAAUCUCUUCGUUAAUACUUCAAUCUGCGUAUGAACCAAGCUACAUCACUGAGAAGCCUCAAGACAGGGACAUGCAAACUGGUGGUCUGCAGGAAGUACAUUUGGGAAUUUGUUCCAGUUGGAAACUUUUUGAAAGUGAAGUUUGAGUUGGCUUUUCUGUUCAGGCUCGUCUUUUAGGACAAGUGUAUGUGUCUAAUGUUUAUUGCGUCCAAACUGGGAAGUUGUGGAUACAUGUCAGUGAGUAUAGUAUUGAAUUGAGCUUUUCUGUCAAGGAAUUUUGAAGUAGUUGGUGGUAACAUUUUCCGUUAGCGUUGAUAGGUAAUUAAACAAACAUAUUAUAACCAGAGAAUAAGGGAUUUGUAGUCUACUGCUUAUUCUGUUGCAUUAAGGUUUUCAGUUUGAGCUUUUUGGAGGUUUACUGUGUCGAUAAAAGGAGUAGUGUGUGUCUGUGUGUGUGCUUGUUGGGUGUUGCAUGUGUUUGCCUGCCAUGCCCUUGCCUGCGCCUGAUGUCCCGGCCUCUCAGAGGCUGGCACUGGACUGUCGUACCCUUCUGGACCAUCGCAUUGGCAAGGGGGUUUGUGGUUGUUGCGGGGCGCUCAGGCCUCGCUACAAGAGACUGGUCGACAACAUCUUCCCAGAAGACCCAGAGGAUGGUCUGGUGAAGGCCAACAUGGAGAAGCUGACGUUCUACGCCCUGUCAGCUCCAGAGAAGCUGGACCGUAUCGGAGCCUACCUGUCUGAGAGAUUGUCGAGGGAUGUGGCCCGACACAGAUACGGGUAUGUGUGUAUAGCCAUGGAGGCGCUGGACCAGCUGCUGAUGGCGUGCCACUGUCAGAGCAUCAACCUGUUUGUGGAGAGUUUCCUUAAGAUGGUGCGGAAGCUGCUGGAGUCCGAUAAGCCCAGCCUGCAGAUCCUAGGAACCAACUCUUUUGUGAAGUUUGCAAACAUAGAAGAGGACACGCCAUCGUACCACCGCAGUUAUGACUUCUUCGUGUCGCGCUUCAGUGAGAUGUGCCACUCGAGCUUUGAGGACCCUGACAUCCGCACCAAGAUCCGCAUGGCAGGGAUCAAGGGCCUGCAGGGUGUGGUGAGGAAGACUGUGAACGAUGAGCUGCAGGCCAACAUCUGGGACCCUCAGCACAUGGACAAGAUCGUCCCCUCUCUGCUCUUCAACCUGCAGAGUGGACAGCGCACGGAGAGCCGCUCCCCCUCUCCGCUGCAGGCGUCGGAGAAGGAGAAGGAGAGCCCGGUGGAGCUGACGGAGCGCUGCUUCAGGGAGCUGCUGGGACGAGCCGCCUAUGGCAACAUCAAGAACGCCGUCACGCCCGUGCUGAUGCACUUGGAUAACCACUCUCUAUGGGAGGGGAAGACCUUUGCAGUGCGUUGCUUCAAAAUCAUAAUGUACUCCAUCCAGUCUCAGCACUCUCACUUGGUCAUCCAGCAGCUUCUCGGUCACCUUGACGCUAACAGCAAGAACUCAGCCACAGUGCGAGCCGGGAUAGUGGAAGUGUUGCUGGAGGCAGCCGCCAUUGCAGCCAGCGGCUCUGUAGGUCCCACAGUGCUGGAGGUGUUCAACACCCUGCUGCGGCAGCUCCGUCUGAGUGUGGACUACGAGCUGACCGGCUCCUAUGACGGCAGCACCAACAUCGGCACCAAGAUUAUCAAAGCUCAUGAGGAGAGGCAGCUGCAGGAGGCUGUCAUCAGGACCAUCGGUUCUUUUGCCAACACACUACCGACAUACCAGAGGUCAGAGGUCAUGCUCUUCAUCAUGGGCAAGAUUCCCGUCCCUGGGAUUCACCCAGCUCUCACUUCCAUAGGCUCUGGGCCCGAGGUGACGAGGAUGAUCCAGGUUAUGUUACUGAAGUCCUUGGUCCAGGUGACGGCUGGUUUCCAGACCACCAACAUGCUGACGGCGCUGCCCAGCUCCUUCCUGGAGCCGCUGCUGUCCUUCUCCCUCACCGAGGACCCAGAGCUCCGGCUGCUGGUGCUGCAGAUCCUCCUCAGUCUCAUCGACAGGCACGACAACACUGCAAAGUUCUCCGACAUUAGCAUCAUCUCAGACAUCUCUGUGCUCAAGCUCAAAGUCGACAAGUGCUCCAGGCAGGACAACUUGUUCAUGAAAAAGCACGGCCAGCAGCUGUACCGUCACAUCUACCUGGGCUGCAAGGAGCCGAGCAGCGGCGGGCAGCACUACGAGUCUCUCUUCGCUCUGCUGGGUCUCCUCAGCGUGGAGCUGGCUAAUGAGGAGGUGGUGGUGGACCUGAUCCGCCUGGCGCUCGCCCUGCAGGACCUGGCUCUGUCCACUGACGAGGCGCUUCCUGUUUAUAACCGCUGUGCUGUUCAUGCCAUCGCCGCCGCCUACCUCAACCUCAUCUGCCAACUCACCACCGUCCCAGCCUUCUGCCAGCACAUACACGAGGUGAUUGAGGUGAGGCAGAAAGAACGGAGCUACCUUUUGCCUGAGGAUGUCUUCAUUGAUAAUCCCAAGCUGCCUUCUUCACUGGAGAAGGUGGAAGGGGACGUUCUGUUCCUCCAGUCCAAGAUCACUGAGGUCCUCGGAGGCAGUGGGUAUAACACAGACAGACUGGCUACCCCGUAUGUCCCCCAGUACACUGAUGAGGACCGUCUGUCCAAGAGGAAGAGCAUCGGAGAGACCAUCUCACUGCAGGUGGAGGUGGAGUCCAGAAACAGUCCAGAGAAAGAAGAGAGGACGCCAGCAGAGGAGAUCACAUUUGAAACCCUAAAGAAUGCCAUCGUGGACAGCGUCGGUAUGGAGGAGCAGGAGAGGGAGCGGAGGAGACAAGUGGUGGAGAAGUUUCAGAAGGCCCCCUUCGAGGAGAUAGCUGCACACUGUGGUGCCAGGGCCACUCUACUCCAGAGCAAACUCAAUCAGAUCUUUGAGAUUACAAUCAGACCCCCCCCCAGCCCAUCUGGAACCAUUUCAUCAGGUUACGGCCAAAGCCAGAGUCGAUCCGUCCCCCUCUACGAGAUGAAGUUUCCUGACCUCUGUGUAUACUAGCGCAGAAAGGGAAGUCACAGAACUAUUUCACACUUGAGGACAGGCGAGGAAUUUUUUUUUCCCGGUAAAGAUACCGAUCUUUACAUGGAAUCACAUGACCACAGGGGAUGAGGAGAAAAAACCACUGUCCACUCAAGAACAAGCUACUUGUUGAUCAACAUAGUCAUCUGAAAUUCCGUGUGAUUGCAGCCCAAAAUAAGCCGGCUAUUUAUGUCGAUUCAUGCAGCAGUAAAACAAACUUUUAUUUGUCUGUUAUUCCCCUCGCGUCUCCUUCCAUGUCUGUAGAAUCUCCUGUGGUUGGAUUUUAACGUUUGAAAUUGCCAAGUACUGCGAGGGGACGAUAGGUGGCACACUGAGAGUUGUUUCAUUUGAAUGAACUGACUUGUUGCAUGCCAUGUUACUUAACAUUUUUGAUAGCACUACAACUUGGACAUUCUUUCCACCUGUUUGUCCCUUACAGGGUGCCAUACUACUGUUGAUCACAAAAGUUAGAUUGACUGUUUUUUUAAUAUUUUAUUUGUUUUGUUGUUGGUUGAUUUUAUCGCCGGAGAGAGCAUAUGUGUAAAAGAUGUAUUUUAAUUUAGUGUAUGUUUGAAUGAAAUAUGGACAGAUACAACUAUGACGCUAAUCCUUACCAUAUCCCAUGUUACUCAGCUCUUAAACAUCUCUUUUUAAUGUUUUACCAUUUUUUUCUUUUGCCUUUUUAGUGUUAGCCAAAAGUGCUUUUUCUUUCAGGACAGGCGUUUAUUUCCUGCACCUCGUAUUUUUUCUUUCAUAUCGUUAUUUUUUUGUUUUUAUCCGUGAUGUAAAUGAUUUGUCUUUGUGCUAUCCUCCCAAAGUGAGUGUGCCUUGCAGGUGACUCGAGUUCAAACGUACACGGAAACACACACUGCUUCACAGUCAUGACCACACUUAUCUUCUGAAGUGUUUACUGUGAUGUUUACCAGAUCAAACACUAGAAGGUAAAUAAGGAUCCUUUAUUUUCUCGUUUCCAUAUAAAUGUGUAUAUACAGAGAAAUAUAUAAAUCUAUAAGCGGAUGUACAGAGUAGGGAUUCUUUGGUGUGUGUACUGUAUAUAAACUGUAUAUUAAUUCAAAUUUUAGACUGCCACUGCACUGAUUGUGUCCAUAGAUGAGGGAGAAAGCUACUUGGAUAGUACUCAGAUUUGUUUGUAAACUCUUCAAUAUGUUACAUACGGGAGCACUGAGAGGCAAGGGGGAUCAUCAAAAUUCUGGUGAUACAUGUUUCCAAUUCUGAAAAUACUUUUGUGUUAAUGAACAGUUCAAAUAAGGUGAAUCAGGAUAAUCUUUCCUUUUUUUAAACAACACACAAUAUAUGUACUUUGUAUUUUCAAAGACAUUAAAACUCACAUGGAAGAAAGCAUGAAUUAACACAAACUAAUUGUACGUGCCAUAUAUGGCGAAUAUAACCCUGGCAAAACCUGGAUGUUCACCUGUUCUCUAUUCACAAACUCAGGAGGGAAAUCUUUUAGAUCAGAAUUUGAAAAUAUGUAAUUUAAUACGAUUGUUUUGUUUUUUUACUUGCCUCUCGGGACCUCCGUAGAAACCAGCAACACAUGAAAUCAAAAAGGUUCAUUGACAAGGGUUUGAACAGCCCACAAGAAAACAUCUCCAUCGUCUUGAGGCCAGUUUAUCACACUAGUGACGUCUGAAACGUGUCCUGCUAAAGAAUUAAUGAAAUAAUCUACUUCAUUAUUCGCCACAUAUUACCAGAUAGGUUUUUAGCACCAUUGUGACCUGUAGAGCUGCCAUCACAUUCUCAGUCCUGCUGGAAUAAGUUUGCACUCUGUUCUUAUGCCACACCGCUGCUAACGCUGCCGCGGCUUCUAAGCAGUGCAUCUGUCUCAUUCAGCAAGAUUAAAACAAGUCUAAAAGCCAUUUGUUAUGCAUGUGUGCACAUACACACAGGUAUCGAAACAAAGUAUAAGGGCAAUAACUUGCCACUAGCCUGGCUAACACAGCCCAACUGUUGGUAGCAGAUUCGUUUGUGUUUUAAAUUGUUACCUUCUGUUGUUGUUGUGGCGCUGUGAUGGUCAGUGGUGUGAUGUUGUGAGAGACCGACCCCCCCCCCCCCCCCCCCCCCCCCCCCCCCCUCUGCUUCUGUGAACUAUCUGCAUGGCGCGCGAGUCGCGCUGCAGCCAUGUUUAAUGUAACGUGUCCGUUCUGUGUCACGCUCCAAUUAUUUUUACUAUGUAGAGUCAUCUGUAUGUAUAUUCAUGUCCACUGUAUCAGAUCUGUUCAUGUUUACCAUUUUAGUGCAGAAGUGUGUGUGUAUUUAAUCAUGUAUAUCGUCAUUACCCAAGACCAAAAUCAGUUUAUAGUUUUUUUUCAGUGACUUUUUCCACAAAGUUAACAAAGAACAAUUCAUCUUACAGCGACGUGCAGCUGUUAAAACCUUCCAGCGACACCUUGUGAAGUCUUUUCAGCAUCUUGGCAGUGAAGAUCUGUAAAUCUACCAGAGUGCUUGUUGUCAUUGCAUAGUGGUAAUGGUAUGGUAAUAUUGACUAACGGUAAACCAACCUUACUUUUGUCAUUAAAUGUCUCGUUAAUAGAUCUGUUUACAACGUAGUGCUGUAGGUCAAAAUCUAUUCAUUCUGUGAACUUUGCACUUUAAAAACUGGAUUCCCUAGUGACAAAGGCAGCUUUUACAAGGAGAAAAUGCCUUAUGAGUGUCAGAACCUGACUUUGCAUGCUUGUGAUGUUGCCGUUCAAUAAAUGUGUCUGUAUCCAGAAAUAGUCUGAUCUGUUUCUGUUUUUACUUGUUAUUGACAAUGGGGAAAACGUCAUGGAGUGGAAUGUUGUUUUCAAAUGUGAUCUGAAUCUGCGUAACAUCAUCAUGCAUCAUCAUACAGUACAAUAAAAUAAAGAAACACAUGCUGGAGUGCUGAGUCAGUUGCAGAGGUCAACACAUAUUAAGCAAUCAUUAAUGUUAGGUUUCCUUAACAAUGCUUGUUGUGUUAUUAUUUUUACUUGCCUGUAAUGACUGAGUGUUGUCACUGUGACAAUACUUGCAUCAGUACUGUCACCUGAGGGAGGGAGUGGUUUUUCAGAAUUAAAUGUAUCGUGUAUUUUA